UCUGUGCCACCUAAAAAGCCGAGGACGACGACCGUAGCCUCGACAACCGCUUCCGGCAGUAGCGACGGCGAUUGGUUCCGACCGUUCAAUUGUCGCUGUCUGCUCUGAUUUCUUCACGCGUAAAAGUCAGAGAGGACGACGAAUCAAGUCUUCUUCGCUAAGCUUAUCGCAGGAUUUUGUCUCUUCUCUCUCUCCUUAUUCCCGUGAGAUUCGUUUGGCUUCCGGGAAAAUUGUUGAUCGGCUUCGAUUUCCACCUUUUCGAUUCAGGAGGAGAGGAGGAAUCCGUGUUUUUUCUUGCUCCUUUAUUUUGCGAUUUUGGUUUACUGGUGAGGGGAAACUGUGGUUCAUAGCAUUGUGGAGUCGCCAUUUCCUCGAUUGGACGUUGGAAUUUCGAGUUUGAGGCGGUUACAGGUUGGAAAUUAGGGUUUUGAGUGAAGGUUUAAGGAGAAAAGGUUUAGUUCUCGGAGGAAGUCUCUGUUAGGUUAUUGAUCUGGUUUAGAUCGGGGCCCGAUGAAUUGGUGAACAGAAUCCUGGAUCUGUUUGUUGGCGUCGGAUGAUUUUAAUUUUUGUAUGUAGGCUAGGGUUUUCCAUUCUCGGUUGAUCAGCAACAAUGCCAAUGGCACGAUUUCUCUCGCUGGUCCGAGGAAACUCGGCUGAGUCACCCCGUGAGAUCUCCUCGCACAGUAGCCUCAUCAGCGAGUCUGGCUCUAAUGGGUGGCUUAUUCGGUUUUUUGAUUCUGCAUUCUUCUGUGAGUGGAUUGCAGUCAGUUAUCUAUACAAGCAUGAACAUGCGGGUGUUCGAGAUUACCUAUGUAAUAGGAUGUAUACACUUCCCUUAUCAGGUAUUGAGAGCUAUCUGUUCCAGAUUUGCUACAUGAUGGUGCACAAACCAAGCCCAUCUCUUGACAAGUUUGUAAUAGAUAUUUGUUCAAAGUCGCUGAAAAUAGCUUUGAAAGUGCAUUGGUGUUUGUUGGCGGAGCUUGAGGAUUCUGAUGAUAAUGAAGGCAUCAGCAGGAUUCAAGAGAAGUGCCAAACGGCAGCUACCUUGAUGGGUGAGUGGUCAACUCUUCUGCGGCCACAGAAUGAGACAUCUUCAACCCCAGGGAGCAAGAAUCAGGUCCUAAAUAAAAUCUUGUCCUCGAAACAGAAGCUCUUCUCGUUGACAUCUUCUCCUCCCACUCAGAAGUCUUUGUCCUUUUCACCUUCACCAGGGAGCAACUUGCAAGAUGAUGGUAGUCAGUUACCUCCCGAUGAAAAUAAGCUUUUCAAGAAACUAAUCCCAAGUCCUAAAGUUAGAGAUGCUUUGUUGUUUAGGAAGUCAGUGGACAAAGACGAGGAAGAUAGUGAAAAGGAUGGGUUCUUUAAGAGGUUUUUGAGGGACAGUAGAGGUGAGGAUGAUGAACCAACGACGAACUCGGAGGGUUUCUUCAAACGGAUUUUGAAAGACAAUAAAUCAGAAGAUGACGAGGUAACGAAUAGUUCUGAGGGAUUCUUCAAUUGGCGAUUGAGUACUAAAAGAGAUGAUGAGGAAUUGACUUCGAGUUCAGAGGGUUUCUUUAAGAGGUUGUUACGGGAUAAUAAAGCCGAAGAAGAGGACACAGGUGCAAGCUCAGAAAGUUUUUUCAAGAAAUUGUUAAAGGAGAACAAAAGUGAGGAAGAGGAGUCGAAUGUAACCUCAGAAGGGUUCUUCAAGAAACUAUUCCGCGACAGCAAAAAUGAGGAUGAUAAAGUUUCUAAAGCAAUGGAUGAUGAGGAGAAAGAUGGUUUUUUAAAGAAAUUUUUCAAGGAGAAGUUUGAAGACAAAAGACAUGGGAAUGACAUGAAUGAAAAAGAUGGAAUGGUGAAACGUGAUGAUAAAUCUGCUGAAGAUGAUGAAAAGGAGGGUUUUUUCAGAAAAUUCUUUAAGGAAAAGUUUGAGGACAAAAAAGAUACUGGGAAUGAAAGCGAAGAUGAGGAAUCUUCAGAUUUCUCGCUAUUUAAAAGAUUGUUCCGUAUACACCCAGAAGACACCAAAACUUUAUCAGAAAAUGAAAUUAACAAUAAUGGCAACUUGGGUGAAAGCAGUCCUGGGACAGAAAAUUUUUUCCGCAAAUUGUUCAAAGAUCGUGAUCGGUCUGUCGAAGAUUCUGAACUCUUUGGUUCAAAGAAGCAUAAGCAGCUGAAUAAUACUCCAUCUGCUAAGCCUCCAUUGCCAAACAGUACGGCAGCACAGUUCAGGAAAGGCAGUUACCAUGAGUCUUUGGAGUUUGUGCAAGCAUUAUGUGAAACGUCAUAUGGUUUGGUAGACAUCUUUCCUAUUGAAGAUAGGAAAAUUGCUCUUCGUGAGUCCCUUGCAGAGAUCAAUUCCCAUGUAGCAGAGGCUGAAACUACUGGAGGAAUCUGUUUUCCAAUGGGGAAAGGGGUAUAUCGCGUUCUUCAUAUUCCUGAAGAUGAAGCUGUUCUUUUGAAUUCUAGGGAAAAAGCACCUUAUCUGAUAUGUGCUGAAGUUUUGAAAGCAGAAGCACCCAGCACUAGAGAUGCACCUAACCCCCAAAAGCUUUCUAAAGGCGGGAUUCCAUUGGCAAAUGGUGACGCAUUUCUUCAGAAGCCCCCUUCAUGGGCUUAUCCACUAUGGACUGCUCAGGAGGUUUACCGCAACAGUGCAGAUCGAAUGUCACCAUCUACUGCUCAAGCAAUUGAUCAAGCAAUGACUCAUAAGUCAGAUGUGAAGGUGAAACUUGUGAAUGUAAGUCUGUCGGUGGAGAAGCAUUCUUCAGUUCCUGAAAUAGUGAGUGAUUCACUUGCUGAGGGUGUGGCUGAGGCCACCAGGGCAGGCCGGGGUGGUGAUCUUGAGUGGGUAAGGGUGGUGCUGACAGCUGAUCCGGGGCUCGGAAUGGAAGAUAUUGCUGAUCCCGUAAGGCCCCGUCGAAAGGAACAUCGUCGUGUACCAAGUACUAUUGCCAUAGAGGAAGUAAGGGCUGCUGCUGCAAAGGGAGAGGCACCUCCAGGUCUUCCUCUGAAAGGGGCUGGCCAGGAUUCAUCAGAUGCACAACCAAGGGCCAAUGGUGGGAUGCUGAAGGCUGGUGAUGCCUUAGCAGGUGAGCUUUGGGAGGUAAAGAAGGAGAGGAUCCGUAAAGCCUCAAUAUAUGGCAAACUACCGAGUUGGGACUUGCGUUCUAUCAUUGUCAAGAGUGGUGAUGACUGCCGGCAGGAACAUCUUGCUGUGCAACUCAUUUCUCACUUUUAUGACAUCUUCCAGGAAGCUGGUCUACCACUCUGGUUACGUCCUUAUGAAGUUUUGGUUACUUCUUCAUAUACUGCUCUCAUAGAAACAAUUCCAGAUACGGCUUCUAUUCAUUCUAUCAAAAGUAGAUACCCCAACAUCACAAGCUUACGUGAUUUCUUUGCUGUGAAGUACAAAGAAAACUCUCCGAGUUUUAAGCUUGCCCAGAGGAAUUUUGUUGAGAGUAUGGCUGGGUAUUCCUUGGUCUGUUACCUUCUGCAGGUGAAAGAUCGUCAUAAUGGAAAUCUUCUGUUGGAUGAAGACGGUCACAUUAUACACAUUGAUUUUGGCUUUAUGCUUUCAAAUUCACCUGGUGGUGUGAACUUUGAGAGUGCACCAUUCAAGUUAACCCGUGAACUUCUUGAGGUCAUGGAUUCUGAUGCUGAGGGGCUUCCAAGCGAGUUCUUUGAUUAUUUCAAGGUGCUAUGCAUUCAAGGAUUCCUAACAUGUAGAAAGCAUGCAGAACGCAUUAUUCUUCUUGUUGAAAUGCUACAGGACUCAGGGUUCCCUUGCUUUAAAGGCGGUCCUCGCACCAUUCAGAACCUAAGAAAACGGUUUCAUCUAAGUUUAACAGAAGAGCAAUGCGUUUCUUUGGUGCUCUCUCUCAUCAGUAGCAGCUUAGAUGCUUGGCGAACUCGCCAGUACGAUUACUACCAAAGGGUCUUGAAUGGAAUACUGUGAGAGAGAGGGAUUUCAAGUAACAUAAACAACCGAGUAAGAAUGGUACCUCGAACAUUGAUACGCUGUCAUGAAAUGGAGAAGCCAUGUCGGGUCUAUGUGCUCCAUCUUCAUUUUGUGUGAGGAAUUCUUUUCGUCGUUGUAAGCAUUGGAAUCCAUGACGGAUUCUGAGUUUCCCCCCGAGUUUCGAGUGACUGGGGAAGCAACCCUAAUAUUUUGGGGGGAACAAAGAAAUGAUUCACACGGAAAAGGAGAGGUAAUGGUAUGUGUUACAAAAAAAGAGGCACAUACUAAAACGGACACUUUUGUACAGAAUUGAGUUUUUGUUUUUGCUUUGGGCAGAGGUUUGAUUGUUGUUGCAGAAGCCACAAGUUUGAUUGCAGCGGACAAAAGGGUAUGUUAUGUUUUGUCUCCACUCAUACCAAAAAAACAAAAAGGUUGAUGUGAAAAACAUGAGGAGAUGUGAUACUGAUAGUGUAUAAUGUUGUAUUGUUUAUCGUUUUUGUCGAAAUCCGAUUCUCUUUUACAAGUUUUAUCAA